AUCAUCAGGUUAUAUUCAUCGAACAGUAUCGAAUGAUAGUUGUAUUUUUGAUGAUAAUACUCUUCGACAUGUGGAAGAUUUAUUAAUAAAUUUAAAAAAACGUCGACAAAUUUUAAAAGAAAAUCAACGAACAAUUAAUGAAGAAAUUGAAGAUAAUAAAACUCUUGGCGCUAAGCUAUUAAAUAUAAUUGAAUCAAACGCUGAAUUAAGUGAAAUCGAAAAAUUUAAAUUACAUAUUAAUGAAAUCGAUACAAUAACAUCCAUACUUCUUAAACUAAGUAGUCGAUUAGCUAAAGUUGAAAAUGAUUUAUCAAUGCUUUCCGGUAAUAAUGAACAUACAAAGGUAAAUCUUAAUAAAUCAAAUAAUGGAAAAAAGAUUUAUAUUAGUUCUAUAAUGGUAAACAAUUAGCUCAUAUCUAGACAGUAAUAUUAAUAGCCAAUCAAGCUUUCUAUCUAAUGUAUGCUAUAAUAAGAUUUCCUAUGAUGGCAAGCUUUAUAAAAAAAAAUCGGACAUAGUAAUUUUCAGGUUGUAGAAGCUAUUUUGCAAUCGUGCCUUUUUAAAGAACACAAAAUGAGGAUCGCCGCAUUUUCUAGGAUCUUCUAUGAAAAAAGUUGAAACUAUAAAAAAAACGAAAUUCCUCAAACAUCAACUAAAAAAAGUUUUUUUUUUCUCCGAUUUUUAUGAUGUUUUUAACUUUUCAGGAAGAACUCGUAGAAAAUGUGACGAUCCAUCAUUUUGAACUCUUUGAAAUCUCAUAGUCUUCAGGCACCUGAAAACCAGCAUGUUCGGUUCUUUUUAGAAAUCUUACCAUGAUAGUUCAUCUAUAAAAUCUUGCUAUAGAAUACAUUAGAUAGAAAACUUCAUUGACUAUUAAAAUUAUCAUGGGCUGGAGUCUAUCGGGUUGGUUGCGAUCAUGUUCGGGUCCCAUAGGCUCUAGUCGCGUGAGAAAUAUAUAGGAUACGCUAGUCAUCAAAUACAAAAAAUUGGAAAAAAAAAGUAUCUCAUAUGUUUGGAGCGACUAUCUAAUUCUGAUUAGAAAAUUUCAUUCAAAGUAUCAAAGUACGGUUCGAAAAAGUUUGCACUCGAUGAGUUCUA